AUUAUUGGAAAAGAUUGAGUAUGUGAUUUUUAAUGAGCAUUCGAUCGCAGACUGUUCUGCUGGGACUGUAGUUUCUGUUUUAGAUGUGUAAUUUCAAUUGAGCAUAUCUUAGUCAUUCGGAGUCCAAUUUGAACAAACUUUAUAUCUAGAUUGAUGUACUAGAAGUCUUCUUGCUAGUAGUGGUGGUCUUGUAGUAUUCUUUGAAACCUAUAGAAUUCUAUAGUCAGAAAUCGAUCAGUGGUUCUGUUGAUAAUGUGUGAAAUUGUGGAAUUCUUGGUUUUGGGUACGAAUUGGUGAAUUUACUUUUGUUCAGCAAUUGCUAUAUAGUUGAGUUGAUGCAGGACUUUAUUAAUGCAUUUGUUAAAGCCUUUCAAGUAUUUCUAUACUAAAAUGUUUGGCUUGUGGAUAGGUGACGAGUCGGUGAAUCAAGGAGCACUGAAACCAUAGUUGUACUUUCUUUUGGAGUACGAGGCAAGGAAAAUGGAAGAAGAAGCCUCUUCCCAUCCUGAGCAAGCAGAUCCGGCUACUAGGGCUGCACCGGCAAGAGUUCAGGUAGGGGCUAGGGAUAUAGAUAGACUAUUGGCUGCUUUAGCACAGUAUGCUGAAUGACAAGCUGCACCUCUGGUUAAUCCCCCGAUUAAUCAGAAUGUUGGAUUACUAGAGAAAUUCAAGAAGUUGUAUCCAACGGAGUUUGAGGGUACUUUUAAACCUCAAGAGGCAGAGGAUUGGUUGAAAACGGUUGAGAAAGUUCUAAUAGCUAUGGGAGUAACUGAUGAACAGAAGGUGACUUUAGCGACCUUCACCUUGAAAGGGCAAGCUUUAAUAUGGUGGGAGGGAAGUCAGAGGUUGCUGUCAGCCCCAUUACCAGGCAUUCAGCCACCAGUGCCACAAGUCAUUACGUGGGCAAGGUUUGUGAGGGCCUUUAAUGAUCGUUACUGUCCUGAGACGUAUCGUUUCCAGCAGGAAGCAGAUUUUAUUAAUCUUAAACAGGGGAGUAUGUCGGUGGCCGAAUAUGAAGCCAAGUUUAAUGCUCUUUCAGCCUAUGCUACGGAUAUGGUGGAUACUGAAGAAAAGAAGAGUAGACGGUUCAGAGGUGGGUUGGAGGAUAAUGUUCGAACCAGAAUGAUGAUUUAUAAAGAAAAAGACUAUGCGGAUUUGAUUGAAACAACAAAGAAGAUUGGCAAGGAUGUUGAAGAGAUGUUUAGUAAACGAGAACAAUCAAAAAAGGGUAAAUUCGAGGCGAGGCAGGCUAGCCAGGGGGGAAAAUCAAGCGCUUUCCAUAGAGGUGGAGGAGAAUUUCAACAUUUGAAAGGUCAGAGUGAGGGAAAACAGCAAGGUAGUCAAAGCUAUGAGGCAAGUAAGCCAAGUUUUGGCAGGGGGAGUAGUUCAAGUGGACGUGGAACUCCUUUUCAGUGUUAUCGGUGUGGGUCGCCCGAUCAUCGCAUGAGAGAUUGUCCGGAAUCGGGAAAAGGGUUUAAAUGUUUUAGAUGUGGAAAAAUGGGGCAUAUUGCAACUCAUUGCACGAAACCACAAGCUUCAGGUGCAUCUUCUAGUGGCAGUGUUCCGGCUGGCCGUGGAAUGAAUGUUGGUAGGCCUGUUCGUCGGGGUGGUGGAGCGGGUGGAACUAUAGCACCAGGGAGAGUGUUCGCCAUGACACGACAAAAUGUCCAGGCAACUCCAAACGUGGUGACAGGUACUUUAAUGGUUUUUGGUGUUAAUGCACAAAUUUUAAUUGAUCCUGGUUCUACGCAUUCUUUUGUGUCGAACUUGUUUAGUGUGCAUUUGAAUGUGUUUUAG